AUGAUCUUAGGCGCCUUAGAACGCGCUCUUGACUCUACCGAGUCCUCCUUUCUGACGCGAGUUAAAGACGACUCUAAAGACCAGCCAGAGUAUGCGGUAGGAGGGGCGUCUCUAGUUGCUGCUAUAGUCACAGGGACCGAUGUUUAUGUGAUUAAUUUGGGGGAUAGCAGGGCGGUGAUUGUAAGGGGGGAAGAGGUGGGGAGGGGAUGGCGAGGGGUGUUGAGGAGGGGGGCAGGAGAGGGAGGGGGAGGGAGUGCUAGUUGUGUGAGCGGAAGGAGGAGAAGCGGGGAAGGGGGACGUGGGCGAGGGGGAAGUGGGGGAUGGGGGAGUAGUGGAAGAGGGGAGGGAGAGGGGAGUGGUAGCAGCAAAGGGAGUGGCAGAAGAGAGAAAGUGGGGGGAACGGGGGAUAUGUGGGAGAAGGGGGAGAAGUGGGAGAGGGGUGAGAUUAGUGGGGCUGGUGGGGAAAUGGAAAGUGCGGGAAGCAGGGGUGCAGGAGGAGGGGAAGCAGGAGGAGGGGAGAAGAGAGGAGGCAGAGGAGGGGGAGUGUGGAGUUGCGCCCCUUCGGCUCCGUUGGCCCCGUCGCCCCUAGCCGCGCCUCUCGGCCCAGUUGGCCCCGUCGCCCCUAGCCGCGCUCCUUCGGCCCCGUUGGCCCCGUCGCCCCUAGCCGCGCCCCUCGGCCCCGUUGGCCCCGUCGACCCCGUCGCCCCUAGCCGCGCCUCUCGGCCUCGUUGGCCUUGUCGCCCCUAG